CAACAGCAACGACAACAACAUCAACAACAGCAACCACAACAACAUCAACGACAACAACAACAACAACAGCUCCAUCACCUUGUGAUUGCCAUUAUGGUGGUUCUUCUUCUUGUACUUGCAAUUGUAAUUGUGGCUCUUGUAGUUGUGGCUCUUGUAGUUGUGGUUCUGGUUCUGGUUCUGGUUCUUGUACUUGUGAUGAUGGUUAUGGUGCUAAUACUGGUGGUGGUGUUGGUUCUGCUAUUAGUGUUAACUCUACUCUUGCUGCUAGUUGUAGUUGUAAUUCUACGGAUACUUGUCCUUAUUGUAAUAGUAAUAGUGGUUGUUGUUCUUCGUCUGACGGUUGUAAUACUAGUUGUGUUGGUGGUAACCUUUGUUAUUAUAAUCAAACUUUUUAUACUUAUACUGAUUUUUGCGCACUUCUUCUUUGUACUAGUACGUUCUAUACUAAUUAUGGUACCCAUACUUCUUAUCCUUGUAGUUGUAGUGGUUGCACUACUUCAAAUUGUAAUACUAAUUGUCGUUCUGGUUGUAAUGGUGGUAGUUGUACGUGUAAUUAUAAUAAUGAUCCUAGUUGUCAUUAUAGUACUUGUUCCGGUCAGAGUGGUUGUGCUAUUACUUUUUCCGCUGUUACUACUUCUUAUAAUGUUUCUUAUUAUUAUUGUCAUUUUUAA